AUGGCUUCCUUCAUUCCUGACGCGGACGGCCGCGCCUUCGUGACCGUGAAGAAUGAGGAUGGCAGCAGCAUCGUCGUCUACGAGCAAGGAGCCCACAUCACCAGCUGGAAGAACGCCAAGGGGACAGAAAUGCUCUACCUGUCCCCCAACGCCAUUAAAAAGGACCGUGUUCCCAUCCGCGGCGGCGUUCCUAUUAUUUUCCCGCAGUUCGGUAACCGCGGGCCUCUGACCCCCUCUCACGGCUUUGCGCGGAUUCGUCAGUGGAAGCUCGAAAACGUCGACAACGGCCGCGCUGUUUUCUCCUUCUUUGCCGGCAUCGACGAGCUCUCCGUGGAGAACAACAACUUCAACAUGUCGGACUCUCAGAAGAACGCCGUGCACCUCACUUAUACGGUCACCUUCAGCAACGAGAAGCUCACUCUCUCCGUAGACGUCCUGAACAGCAGCGAGGAGGUUGCGGCCAAUUUCCACUUCUGCUUCCACACCUAUUUCCGCGUGGAGGACGUGGCCAAGACUGUCAUCAACGGCUUCAAUCGAAGCAGCUACUACGACCAGACGAAAAAGAUGGACGGCAAAAACGAGAGCAUGGCGCUGCAGAAGCCAUCGCCGCUCUACACCAUUUCCAACGGCGAGGAGGUGGACCGGAUCUACCCGAACCAGGCCUGCGCCAUUGUGCUGCAGCAGCCCACCUCUGAGAGCGCACUGCACAUCAGCUCCACAACGCUGCCCGACGUCGUGCUUUGGAAUCCUGGAGAGGCGAAAUGCAAAAAGGAGGGCGAUGCAAGCGCCUUUAAAGAUCUGCCAGAGGAUGGCUACAAGCACUUUGUCUGCGUGGAGCACGGCUACAUCACCCGCAGGGUCACCGUUCCUCCUUCCUCCUCGUGGCACGGGAGUCAGUGCAUUACCGUUAUGGGCUCCACGCCGGUCGAGGCUAAGAUUUAA